AUGGGCUGGUUCGACAGUCUGUUUGGCAGCAGCGAGAGCAGCGCGAGCCGAUCUUCCGAUCCGCUGGCCCAGCUGGAUCCGAAGCUGCGCCAGUUUCUGGAGAAGGAGUCGCCGGUCAAGUACCAUCCAGGCCGGAGCGAUGCGGCGGUAGCGGACGAGAGACAGUCGGUCAGACAGGAAGCAGAAACAGCAUCUGCAUCAGCAACAUCAUCAUCAUCAUCAUCAACAACAUCAACAUCAGCUGCUGCUGCCUCAACAACAUCAUCAAAUCCAAUCGUCCCGGCCCAGAGCCUCUACCCCGAUGGACGGUAUGCCGACAUCUGGAAGACGUACCGGCCGCUGGCCGAGAUCGAGGCUGAGACCAAGAGCGACCACGAGCGGCUGAUGGACGUGCUGGACGGCUACCAAGAGCGGCGAGCCCAGAUCGGUCGGGCGGCACUCGAGAACUGUGCGCUCGAGCAGGUCGACUGGAACACGUGCAUUCGGUCAGGACCGUUGAGCAGCCGCCUGACCAUGUGUCACGCGGAGAUGAAGAAGUUUGAGCGGUGCUACAACAUGCAGUCGGUGUGUUUCACCUCUCCCAUUUUCGUGUCCGUGUUUUUCCUAACAGCCCAGCGUCUCCUCAAGGCACUCGGCUACCUGUCGACGUACGAGCGGCCGCCUGCCGAGGAUGAGCGGAUCCAGGUGCACGCAGACGCGCUGUACCACCGCAUGCUCGACCAGGAGGCUGCCGUCGAGCUGGCCAAGAUUGAGGGCCGUCCGGCGCCGGUUGUCUCCAUGGACGUGGGCAUUUCCGGCCUCCCGGCUGCAGCAUCACCCCCCAUUCCCGCCGAUGUCCCCGAAGACAUGCGCAAGGACUGGGCCGAGCGGCUGGCCGGCGUGCCCGAGAACGAGCGGCCGGCCGAGGAGGCAGCCAUGCGGGCAGAGCUGCAGGCCCGGCUGGAGCUGACCGGCCGCGUGGCCCGAUUGCGGGCAGCCCAGGCAGCCGAACGUGAGCAGCGCAAGGCCGAGGGCAGGGCCACCUUGUCCGACCGCGUGUCCGGACUGGUCUGGGGGAAGUAG